AUGUAUCCAGAUAUAUCCAUCGGACAGAGUUUUAAUUUCAGACCGUCAGUCCUUUUCAGGUAUGAUAUUAAAAAUGGACAAAUGAUCAUAGGUUACUAUAUCAUUAAUGAUCCGAAAACUUCUGCGCAUGGCAUCACUUUAAGAUUUUCAAUAGCAGGCUUUUUCUACCAAACGGAAACUGACGCACUGAAAACGAAAGAGACUAAAGGUCUUAUCAUAGCCCACAAAACCUAUAGGUUGGAUCCAUUCGACAAUGUUCUUCCUAGACAUUUAGGUUCUGGUAAUAUUCAUACCUCAAAAUUGGCGAAAAUAGAAGAAAACACUGAGAAAGUAAACUGUGAUGUAAUUCAGGGGAAUACAUAUUGUCAAGUAAAUUACGAUUCCACAAACAUUUUUCAGGUUUAG